UCUCCCUCCCUCUCCCCCUCUCCCCCCUCUCUCUCUCAGCAAUGGAGUACCUGACAGUCGCGCUGCUGCUCCACACUGGAUGCGGAUUUGCGGUCAGUCUCGGAAGGGCAGAGUUUAAUACGGAGUGCUACACUGUCACCGGUGCUGAUUACAGAGGCUUUCAAAAUCAGACCUCCCAGCAGGGGGGAAAGCCCUGCUUAUAUUGGAAUGAAACCUUCCAACACCCUUACAACACCAACAAGUACCCCAACGGAGAAGGAGGCCUGGGCAACCACAACUACUGCAGGAACCCAGAUGGUGAUGUCAGACCCUGGUGCUACAUUGUUGAAUACGAAGACGGGGUGUACUGGAAGUAUUGCGACAUACCAACAUGCCACAUGCCGGGCUACCUGGGUUGUUUCAAAGACAAUGGGGACCCUCCACCUCUAUCCGGAAUCAGUGAGACAUCCAAUAAGCUGACCAUUCAGACCUGCAUCAACUUCUGCAGGAGCAAGCGCUUCAAGCUGGCCGGCAUGGAAUCGGGCUACGCAUGCUUUUGUGGGAACGAUGCGGAUUACUGGAAGCACGGAGAGGCGAACAGCACCGAAUGCAACCAAGUGUGCUUUGGCAAUCACACUCAGCUCUGUGGAGGAGACGGCAGGAUAAACAUCUUUGACACACUGAUCGGCUCUUGCGGUGGGAAUUACUCCGCGGACAUCGGGAUCAUUUACUCCCCCGACUUCCCCGACAACUACGCCAACGGCAGAGUCUGCUAUUGGACCAUCCAGGUGUCGGGAGCCUCGAUGAUACAGUUCCAUUUCGCGCUGUUUGACAUUCGGGAUGCCAGCGACAUGGUGGAGUUCCUGGACGGAUACAGCAACGAGGUCCUGGCCAGGUUCGAUGGCAGGAACCGACCCUAUGACAGCGUGAACGUGUCGGCCAGCUUCGUUAUCCUCUACUUUUACUCUGACGGGGCCAACCGGGCAGACGGGUUUGCGGUCUUGUACAAAGCUGUUAAAGAUAACCAACACUUGCUCGCUUCAGAGGGCAAGAACAGUCCGAAUACAUUGGACACAAUAACAGAGAGGGUAGGACCGGGCACUAUUGGUGCAAGGUCAUCAAAGAUCCUCUACAUAACAGCAAGCCCCAGUCAGUCCAACCCCAAUAUGCCAGUGUGGACCAUCUAUGCCUUGGCUGGCUUGCUAACUCUAACCGCUAUAGUGAUGGUUUCAAAGAUUCUUCUUCAUCUGACUGUGAAGUCUCGUCGAAUUCCUGCUCAGGACAGCUCGGAGGACUGCAGCCAGUCGUCCCCAUCGGAACCCUGGGUGAUCACGUACAAACCCUCCACCAUUUUGUUCUUCAAGAAAAAGCUGAAGGAGCAACAAGGCGAUCGAAGUCCUCUGGUGGGAGACUAACUCCUGGCGGUGAUGGAGACCUGCCCUUGAGAACGAACACCACUUGGUCUUCAGCAUUGAAGCCACUUUCAAUAACACUUUGAGUUGCAACAUCCAGCACUUUGAUAGCUCAGUCUGAGGGUGGCUUUAAGGGCCACUGGAUUCAGCACUUCACAUUAGACACGUACACACACACACACGCACGCAAAUACAAACGCACACUCAAGCUCUUUGUCGUAUGCAAAAGCCAUCCCGUCAACGAAGCAACCAGGUUUCAGCAACCAGAGUGCCCUGUGGCCUUACACCAUUCAGUAAGGAGCCUGACGCUGAGCUGGAGCAAUGCCAUGUAUUGGCCUGGUUCUAGUCGGACUCUGCCAAGGAUCGGAAGAUCCACUUAACUUCUGGGCAAAGCCUGAUGGAGUCUGACAAUGUUUUUUGUCCCUCCAACUGGGAGAUUUUC